AUGCAGCCAAAACUGUGCAGUAGACUGCGAGUGAAGAACUAUCUUUACUCGAUUGUGCCCAGUCGCCUAGACCCGGACGAACAUCGCGACCAUAACGAGCCCAGUUCUUCCAUUACCGCCGCCCCGGAACAUAACCGGCUGCAGGAGAGGAUCUCGAGUGGAACCAGUGCUGCCAUGGAUGACAACCAGGGGCGCGAUGAAGAACUCACACCAAAAAGCACCCAACCACUAAAGAGGGUAAAUGCUGAGCCGCAAGGGCAAACUAAUUGA